GACCCCGACGGUGCUCAGUGGCGUUUCAACCCCGACCUGUCCGAGGAUGUGACUGAAAUUUGUGAUGCCCUGGCCCAGUCAGUUCAGAAGCAGUUGUGGAAGCAAGUCUCCCUGCACAGUGAAGGAGCCUGCCUCAAGGGCGGGGGGGACCUCACCAUGUUGCAACUUAAUGUCAAGCGCAUGCAUAAGAAAGAUAUGUACCAGGAAGCUGGCGCCCUGGAGGGGAUAGCGUGUGCCACAAUUUGGAAUGGAGAUCGCCAGAAGCGAGCUGGCUAUCAGACAGACGGCUUGUGCACUAG